GUACAUUGCAUUGUGGGUAAGAGACAAAAUGGCGGCUCCCAUACUAAAAUGGAAGCGUGUGACAAAUACGACUGGUCCAAGCCCCCGACCUCGCCAUGGACAUCGAGCCGUCGCAAUCAAAGACCUUAUGGUAGUCUUCGGCGGUGGGAAUGAGGGGAUCGUGGAUGAACUUCAUGUUUACAAUACAGCUACCAACCAGUGGUUUGUCCCAGCAGUGAGAGGGGAUAUACCCCCAGGCUGUGCAGCUUAUGGCUUUGUCAGUGAUGGCACCCGUCUCUUCAUAUUUGGAGGAAUGGUGGAGUAUGGGAAGUACUCCAACGAGCUAUAUGAACUGCAAGCCAGUAGAUGGGAAUGGAAACGACUCAAGCCUAAGACUGCUAAGAAUGCACCACCCCCAUGCCCUCGACUUGGUCACACGUUCACCAUGCUUGGGAGUAAAGCAUAUCUCUUUGGAGGACUUGCCAAUGAUAGUGAUGAUCCAAAGAAUAAUAUACCAAGGUAUCUCAAUGAUCUCUACUCACUGGAGCUGAGAUCAGGCUACUCGAACAUGAUAUGGGACAUACCCCUAACCACAGGACCUGCCCCUCCACCUAGAGAAUCACAUACCGUCGUAGGUUAUGCUCCAAAGGAUGGCUCCUUUAAUCGACUCAUUGUAUAUGGUGGUAUGAGCGGUUGUCGGCUCGGUGACCUUUGGCAACUCAACAUGGAUACACAUACAUGGAUCAAACCUGAACUCAAUGGACCCAACCCACUACCAAGAAGCUUGCACUCUGCCACUGUCAUCGGAAAUAGAAUGUUUGUGUUUGGUGGCUGGGUACCUCUUGUGAUGGAUGAUGUCAAAGUAGCAGCUCAUGAAAAGGAAUGGAAGUGUACAAACACACUGGCUUCUCUCAAUCUAGCAACCCACACAUGGGAGCCACUGGCGAUGGAGGUGUUUGAAGAGGCUGUACCUAGAGCCAGAGCUGGGCAUUGCUCUGUUGCUAUCCAUACCAGACUCUACGUAUGGAGUGGAAGGGACGGAUAUCGCAAGGCUUGGAAUAACCAGGUGUGCUGCAAAGACCUUUGGUUCUUGGAGACUGAGAAGCCCAUGGCCCCAGGCAGGGUCCAGCUAGUCCGAGCCAGCACCACCACGCUGGAAGUAUCAUGGGGUGCUGUAGCCACAGCCGAUGCCUAUUUACUACAGCUGCAGAAGUAUGACAUGCCCCCUACCUCAAGUGCAGCCUUAUCCUCUGUGGGUGGCGCUGCUUCCACCAAGCCACUCCAGUCACCAAUCAAAGCACAAGCAACCACCACGUUCCGUGUGGUGGCUCCAGGCUCCUCAGCCUCUUGCCCUAUUCAGUUGAUAAAACACACUCCAGGAGUUAAGAUUCAGAGUCCAACCUCGAUGGCUGGCUCAGCAGCCAGUUCACUCUUUAAACUCAGCAAGCCCCUCCCUACUCCCGGCGUCCAGCAGCAGAACACCCUGAGCGGUAUCGUAGCUCUCGCUGAGGCUGCUGCAGGCACCCAGAAGAUGGUCAGUAGUACCACCGCUGUCUCACCAACCCCCAACAAACCGCUCCUGGCAACGGUAGGAGGGUCCAACCUGACCCUGGUGACCCGGUCCAUGCCAGGAGGUGUCAGCGUCACAUUGCCGCAAGGGAUGAAGCUCACCACGGCAGCAGGAGGCGGGCUCAAGAUGACGACGGCUGGAGGCAAACCCCAAUUGGUGUCAGCUAUGGUUUCAGGCACCACUAAAACUGUUACACUUGUGCAAAACGCUGGUGCUAACAAGGCAGGUGGUGUAGGGCCUGGCACUACCAUCGUAAAACUUGUCUCAACCACCCAGGCUGGAGGCAAGCCUACUACCAUCAUCACCCCUAUCAGCCAGGCGGGGUUGAAAGGUCAACCUACGAUCCUGGGUAUCAGCAGCAUCACGGCAGGUCAGCAAGGCAAAAGCAUCAUCAAGACCAUUCCAGUUGGUAAAGCAGGUGUCGCCAACACCGCAACCGGCAAGACGCCCACCAUCGUCACUGUAACCAACAAGAUGCUGGCAGGAGCCACGGGUACUCCCACCAAGUUUAUCACGACUGGAGGGGUUGGUAAGCAGCAGAAGAUUGUCUUGACAACCCAAGCAGGCGCCUCCCCUACCAUCCUAUCAGGAACACUCAAAGGUCUAGGGGCAGGGAAUUCCCCCAUCACCAUCAUCCGUGCUGUAGCGCCCCAGGGUUCGUCUCCCGGAGCCAGCGGUCAGGUCUCAGGUAACACCAUACAGAUCAUUACCAAGGGUGGGGCUAAGAGUACCCUCAACCAGGCCAGUGCUGCUAACCUACUCAAAUCACUCUCCACCUCUCAAGGCCUGACUACGCCACUCACAAUCACCACCACCGCUAACUCAUCGGGAGUCACAACUAAGCUGGUAACCAUUCCCAUUUCAGCCCUGACGGGGGCAGCAACCACCAGCGUUUCCCCUGCCAUAAACGCAAUCAUGUCUACAACAGCCCAGGUUGUCUCAAACACAGCAGCUGUGCAAAAGACCAUCACUACCCCUGUAGCAUUGAGCACUGUUGGUACAGCACAGACUACUCUCAUAUCAACGGUAGGAACAACACCUACAGUCAGCCUUCCGAGUACAGAUCAACAGAAGGUGGCUGAAGAUGCAUCAGAAACCAAACCUACAGCUGCAGAAGAAAGCAAAGAAAACAAAGAAGCACAAUCAACAACAGACACAACGGCAACACCAACUCCUACAACACAAGAGGCUGCAACCCCUGCCACUACAGAGGCAUCAGAGGGCGGUGUAACGAUAAAGAAGGAAGAGCAGACUUCAGAACCCAAUCAACAACCCAAGGUAGAAUCGGCUGCUUCAGAAGCCACGCCCAUGGAAACCGACCCCUCCCCUGCACCCGGAACAGGCAUACCAGCCGAGCCUACCGAUACCACCAAGACCAAUGGCUCCGCCCCUGCUGAAGAGACAAAGAACAAGGCCUUGGAUAACGGGGCUGUGGGAGAAGAGCCGAUGGAUACGAAGGAGAGCAACCCAGAUCCAGAUUCAGAUCCUAAGUCUAUUGCCAUGACGAUUGCAUCACUUGCUAACUCGGCCGGUCCUCCUGUGAUGUCGACCAGGCCUAUCACCAAUGGACUGGACUCUAAAACGGAGGAUGGCAAGUCAUCGAUAGGACAAGCCAUCCAGCUAGCCAAGAAAGAUGUCAACCAGUGGUACGACGUUGGAAUCAUUAAGACGACGACCACUACAGUAGCGCAUUAUCACUUGCCAUCGGAGAUCAUUAGCAGAAAUGAAGAUGACAUUGAUGUUGUCAGUGUGCCGGAUCACAGCUUCCUCAAGAAGCAGGAGCUUCACCCGGGCACAGCCUACAAGUUCAGGGUCGCUGGUAUCAAUGCUAGCGGGCGGGGCCCAUGGAGCGAGAUCUCCGCGUUCAAGACAUGCUUGCCUGGAUUCCCUGGGGCACCUUCAGCUAUUAGAAUCAGCAAGAGUCCCGAUGGAGCUCAUCUAUCCUGGGAGCCUCCGGCAAACACCAACGGUGAGAUCCAGGAGUAUUCCGUCUACCUUGCCGUACGUAGCACCAUGAGCGGGGCGUCGGGAGAUGCCAAGCCCACUACCCCAGCCCAGCUAGCCUUCGUCAGGGUAUACUGCGGACCCAACCCAUCUUGCGUCGUGAGCUCGGCUAACCUGGCCGCAGCUCACAUCGACUGCACCAGCAAACCUGCUAUCAUUUUCAGAAUCGCUGCACGUAACGUCAAGGGAUAUGGACCAGCCACUCAGGUUAGAUGGCUUCAAGAUAACCAGACUGCUGCUAAACCAACAACUACUGUCGCUGCCAAGAGACCAGCAUCUUCUAUAGAAAGUCCGAUGGUGAAGAAAGUAAAAGCAGAAAACGACAGUGAUUCCAAGACGGCAUAAAAGAUUGGAAAUCAUUCAUCACAUCACCAGGACACACAGCUGAAAUUGUGGAAAGAAAUGCUUGGAAGCACAUUAUUCAUUGUACAGGAAGAGGAAUUUGUAUGAACAUGAGAGAUUGACCUUUGACCUUUGACCCCUCUUGAACAAAUGAGUUAAAAGGGUUGUCGUGGUAUGAUGUUACCUGCCCUAGACUACGACAACGUUUUACCCCGAAAUGUGCUCUGUUAUUACUUUCUGUUCAUUACAAAGUUGGAAAAAAUGAAAUAUUCGAUGGAAUCUAAGCC